ACAGGGGCCCCGCCCCCCGGCGCGGCCUCCAGCAGCUUCCAGAAGGGGCCGAGUGCCCUGGCCGCGCGCGCGUGCCCGCGCAGGGGGCCGGCCCGCGGCCGCGCGCCGCUUGUGGCGCAGUAGGAAUUGCCGCCCGCCGCGGGGCCGCGCCGGCGGCCGGAGGGCCGCGGCCGAUAGGGCAGGGAAGCGGCGGCGGCGGCGGCGGCGGGGGGGGGGGGGAGGGUGAUGCCCUUGUUUAUUUUUACCCGGGCGGCUCAUCCUCUCCGGCAGCCCGAGCGCGGCCCCCGCCGCUGUUCCCCGCCCCGGCUCCGACGGCGCCGCCUAUAAAGCGCCGCCCGCGGGGAGCCGAGGAUGCAGCUCUACAGCUCCGUGAUCACCCACUACCCGGCGGUGGGGACAGCGGCCGCCGCCGCCACAGCCGCCGCCCCGGGCCCGGCGGGCGCGGCAGGUGUCUUCAAGGUCUCGCUGUCGCCGGGACCCGCGUCCGCGGAGGGAGGGAGCGCCGCCAGCGCCGCGGGCCAGAGCGCGGCCGCCGAGAGCCCCGCCAAGGACGGCUUAAUUCCCGGCGGGGGGAGCCCCGGCAGCGCCGCCGCCAUGCCCGCCUUCUCCUCCUGCCUGGAGGUGAUGCCGAGCGGCCCCGCGGCGGGCCCCGGCGGCCGCAAAGCGGGCGCACCGCAGUACAGCUCCUGCGCGCAGAUCACCGUCAGCCGCCGCCGGCCGCUGGAGCGGGUCGUGCCCAUCCGCAUCGUGCAGCGCGCCGAGGCCGCCGGCGAGCUGGGGCCGGCCUCGCCGCACGGCCGCGCCUGGCUGGAGGGCAUCCUGGAGAGCAUGCGGCAGGCCGGCGCGGACGGCGAGGCUGCCGCGCUGCCGCGGGCCGCCGACGAGCCCAGCAACCGCAGCCUGCGCCUCAGCGAGCACUGCCAGGCGCUGCAGGCGGCCGCCGCCGCGCCCGGCCCGCUGCCCGGCUGCCGCCCCGCGGAGAGGAGCGGCGCCGAGGGGCGGCCCGCCGCCGGCCCCGCGCCGGCGGAGGGGGAGGAGGCGGCGGCGGGCCCCGGGGCGCCCCGGGGGCCGGGCGGGCGGCCGGAGCGCAGCGAGAAGCUGGCGCUGUACCUGGCCGAGGUGGAGAAGCAGGACAGGUACCUGCGGCAGAAGGGCCGGUUCCGCUUCCACAUCAUCCCCGACGGGAACUGCCUCUACCGCGCCGUCUGCAAGGCGGUGUACGGGGACCAGCGGCUGCACGGCGAGCUCCGCGAGCAGACGGUGCACUACAUCGCCGACCACCUGGACCACUUCAGCCCCAUCAUCGAGGGCGACGUGGGGGAGUUCCUCAUCGGCGCCGCCCAGGACGGGGCCUGGGCCGGCUACCCGGAGCUGCUGGCCAUGGGGCAGAUGCUGAACGUGAACAUCCACCUCACCACGGGCGGCAGGCCGGAGAGCCCCACCGUUUCCACCAUGGUGCACUACCUGGGGCCCGAGGACCCGACGCGGCCCAGCAUCUGGCUGAGCUGGCUUAGCAACGGGCACUACGAUGCCGUGCUGGACCGCGUGUGCCCCAACCCGGAGUACGAGGCGUGGUGCAGACAGACUCAGGUACAGCGCAGGCGGGAUGAGGAGCUGGCCAAGUCCAUGGCCGUGUCCCUGUCCAAGAUGUACAUUGAGCAGAACGCUUGCUCUUGAGACCGCCUGGCCUACAGGCUGGGGGCUUUGCUGCGGACACAGAGUCAGAGAGGGUGCGCUGGCUGUGACGGUGAUGCCUUAAUGCUUAAUAAAGCAGCAGUACCCAGGCUGAGAAGAAAUGCAGGCUGGGGGGGGGGAUAAAUCCAAACAUAUUUGUAAUAUUCUGUGUCGUAUAAAGUUAGCCUCGGAUUAUUUGCGAGCAGAUUCUCCGUGUAUAUUUGUGUCUCUCCUCCCUACUGUUUCUCUGUUUUCUAUAAGAAUGUAUUUUUUGCACAAUAUUUUUAAACUGUUACCUCCAUCUUCUACAUCUCAUGUUAGCAUCUGGCUUUCAGCUGUACGGCCAAAAAAUGUUUGUAAACUGUUUGUUUUGUAAAUAAGGCUUAUGAUGUAACAGCUAUUUUUUGCUGUGUUUUUUUACCCAUAAACCUUAUAUUUCUACCAAAUGAGGUUGAUGUCAGACUGACCCUCCCUAACUGAUGAAAGCUUUUUUUUUUUGUAAAGCUAAACAAUAGUUUUUGUAAAAGUGCAGCAAAGUAUGAAAAGACUGCUUUUCAAAACGGUUGCUUUCUCUGCCUCGAGCGCAGAACAGGUCCUUUGAGCCAGUUGGAGUGCAGCUACACGCGAGCAGGACAGGGAGCAAUUGACUCUUCUGUAUUUAAUUACUGUUUUGAGUAAACUGGCCUCUUGUUGCCUGGUUGGCUCGCCCUCUGUUCCAUUUAUAUUAUUUAUCUGUAAUAACAGAACAUUAACUUGCAGUAGAAUGUUGUGACUAGAUAAUAGUCUCCUGCUCUGGCAAUAAUUGCCUUGGCUGCACCUCAGUGUUUGUGUUCUUGUUUCUGAGGUUAUGGUGUCUUUUGUAUAAGCCCUGCUUCUCUUUUGGCACUUGUGUUGCACCAGCAAGUCAUUUUCUGAUCACAACAUUUUAUUCCUUUGAUGUUAUUUUCUAAUCAAGAAAUCGGGAAUGGUAUUCAAUGUUAUGGUUAAAGAAAAAAGUAUUUAAAUUGAGAUUUGUAUGGUUUGCUGGGUCAAACAUUUAAAUGUUUCCAAUCUGAAUUCUGUCACUUCUAAUUUCUGAUUAACUUGUUAGAUAUAUUUAUUAAGUAAUGCAGUUUGUACUUUUUUAUUUUGUAAUAUAUUGUGAUUUUGGAAUUUAUACUGUAUUUGUAUAAUAGGAAUAUUCUCAGCUAAAAUGGAAUGAAUAAAGAAUAUAAUUUUA